GCACACAUUCACAGCCAGACCCUACAUCCGGCGCAGCAUGGAGAUAAGCGAGAGCAGCCACAAAAAGGUGAAGCUGAGCGGAAAGCUACAGAACUUGGGGAUGCAGCGGGCGACUAAUGUUACAUAUCAAGCACACCAUGUCAGCAGGAACAAGAGAGGGCAAGUGGUGGGAGCAAGGAGUGGCUUUCGGGGCUGCACAGUAUGGCUGACAGGUCUUUCUGGAGCUGGAAAGACUACAGUAAGCAUGGCUCUAGAGGAGUACCUAGUGUGCCACGGCAUCCCCUGCUACACUCUGGAUGGUGAUAACAUCCGCCACGGACUUAGUAAAAAUCUUGGUUUCUCCCAGGAAGACCGUGAGGAGAACAUCCGUCGUAUUGCUGAAGUUGCCAAGCUGUUUGCAGAUGCUGGGCUUGUGUGUAUUGCCAGUUUCAUAUCCCCUUAUGCUAAGGAUCGUAACAAUGCCAGGCAAAUCCAUGAGGUUGCAAGCCUUCCAUUUUAUGAAGUGUUUGUGGAUGCCCCACUGUACAUUUGUGAGCAGCGAGAUGUGAAAGGACUAUAUAAAAAGGCACGUGCCGGUGAAAUCAAAGGUUUCACUGGGAUUGAUGCGGAGUAUGAAAAACCUGAAGCCCCAGAGUUGGUGCUAAAAACAGAUUCGUGUGAGGUAAAUGAUUGCAUCCAGCAAGUUGUUGAACUUUUACAAGAAAUGGAUAUUGUGCCAGUGGAUGCAUCCUAUGAGGUCAAAGAGCUAUAUGUGCCAGAAAAUAAGCUCCAGCUGGCAAAGACUGAUGCAGAGACUUUGCCUACUCUGGAAAUCAAUAAGGUGGAUAUGCAGUGGGUGCAAGUGCUAGCAGAAGGAUGGGCAACACCAUUAAAUGGCUUUAUGAGAGAGAGGGAGUACCUGCAGUGCCUCCAUUUUGACUGUUUAUUGGAUGGAGGAGUCAUCAACCUGUCUGUGCCAAUAGUACUGACAGCUACCAGUGAUGAUAAGCAGAGGCUUGAUGGAUGCACAGCAUUUGCUUUGGUGUAUGAAGGAAAACGAGUUGCCAUUCUACGUCAUCCUGAGUUUUAUGAACACAGGAAAGAGGAGCGUUGUGCUAGGCAAUGGGGAACAACCUGUAAGGACCAUCCAUAUAUUAAGAUGGUUUUGGAAAGUGGGGAAUGGCUGGUUGGAGGAGAUUUGCAAGUCCUUGAUCGGAUUUAUUGGAAUGACGGACUGGAUCAGUACAGGCUCACACCUGCCGAACUUAAGCAAAAGUUUAAAGAUAUGAAUGCUGAUGCAGUGUUUGCCUUCCAGCUGCGCAACCCAGUGCACAAUGGGCAUGCCCUGUUAAUGCAGGACACACACAAGCAGUUGUUGGAGAGGGGUUACCGUCGUCCUGUCCUCCUUCUUCACCCGCUGGGAGGUUGGACAAAGGAUGAUGAUGUGCCGCUUAUGUGGCGUAUGAAGCAGCAUGCAGCUGUCCUUAAAGAAGGUGUGCUUGAUCCAGAGACCACUGUUGUGGCCAUCUUCCCAUCACCAAUGAUGUAUGCAGGUCCUACUGAGGUUCAGUGGCACUGCAGGGCCCGAAUGGUGGCGGGUGCUAAUUUCUACAUAGUGGGCCGAGAUCCAGCAGGGAUGCCGCAUCCUGCAACUGGAAAGGAUCUCUAUGAACCAACGCAUGGCGCCAAAGUACUUACCAUGGCUCCUGGUCUCAUCUCUCUGGAGAUUGUUCCAUUUCGCGUAGCAGCUUAUAACAAGAAAAAGAAAUGUAUGGACUAUUUUGACUCUGCUCACCCUGAAGACUUUGACUUCAUAUCCGGGACAAGAAUGCGCAGACUGGCUCGUGAAGGGCAGAAUCCUCCAGAUGGCUUUAUGGCUCCAUCAGCCUGGACAGUGCUAAAGGAAUAUUACCAGUCCUUAGAAAAGGCAUAAAGCUUUUACUUGGCAGCAUAAACAUCGGUCCAAUUUGUUUUUUCAGACUGGCUUAAAGGGAACGUUUACUUUUGGCAAAGUCCUACCAAAGUGGUAGAACUUUACAAAAGAACAUCACCCAUUGCAACAAGGUUUAAAAAUGCUUCUUUUAUGAUCUAUAAACUGUUUAAAUGGCCACUUAAAGAUGCAUUCUCAAGAGAGAGCGAGAAGGGGGUCAAAACCCCCCCCCCCUCAUGCACUACCAAAAGCAGUAGGGUGUAAGUAGAGCGUUGGGUUAAGCAAAUUUUGUGUAUGUGUGGUUUCAGCUAACCGGAUCAUCUGAAGAGAAAAAGAUUGAUCACACAUGCAUAGUAAUGCUUUUCUCCACUCUCCACCCCUGUUACCGAUCUCUGUAUCAGUGCACAUUUUAAUUAUUAAAGGAGCCACUUUUUAAACUUGAUUGUAAUGGUAAAGUUCUCAUUUUGCAAAGUGCUAACACUCUAGUAGUCUUUGCAAAAGGUGAACAUCCUCUUUAAGGUCUUUAAUCUUUGCUUGCUUUUUAGGUCAAUUUUAACUGAGUGUCCUUUAAAUACUGUAGUUAUAAUCAUAUUUAUUGCUAAUCCUACCUCCAUUAUGCUUUGCUCUUUGACAAAACUUUGGGUCGCUGGCGAUUCUUUAUGGUCACACGUGCCAGUAUUGGUCAUUCCAUCAAUUACAAGUUUUAAUAUUAGUGGCACUUUUUUACAUCAGCACAUACUGUUAAAAGUAUUCCACUAUUUUUGGAUAUGCUCUCUACGCAUAUAUGAAAGUGGUGUUAACGUUUCAAUUAGGAUUUUGUCUCUCUCUGGGACCAAAUGUGGCUUAAAACUUUAAGAUGUUACAAUCUUUGUUUUUUAAAAAGGGGGAGGGGUCUCAUGGCAGCCCCACUGGAAAUACAUUUUAUCACCUACAUUACAUUGAUGAAGCCCUUGGCUUGUCUUGGGACGCACUUCAUUUACAUACGUUCUGUUUCAUCAUUUGUGUGCCUGGAAAGCUAAGUGGA